UCACACACACACACACACACUCACUGUGAGAGAGAGAGAGUAUGGAUUCCAAGGCUCUUCUCGAUUACGCCCUGUUCCAGCUCACCCCAACAAGAACAAGGUGUGAUCUUGUUGUGUUUUCGGGGAAGAAAAAUGAGAAAUUGGCAUCUGGGCUAGUUGAACCUUUCAUUGCUCACUUGAAGUAUGCGAAAGAUCAGAUUCCGAAAGGCGGGUAUUCGAUUACUCUCCGCCCGCCCGCCACCGGUGAUGAUGCCUCUUGGUUCACUAAGGCCACAUUUCAGAGAUUUGUACGAUUUGUGAGCACCCCUGAAAUUCUCGAGAGGAUUAUACGAAUAGAAAGGGAAAUUCUGCAGAUCGACGAUUCGGUUCAAUCUAGUGAAAUUCCUCAGGUGGAGGAGACGGGAAAUCCAGGGGAAGGAAACUUGUCAGUUGUCGAUGGGAACACGAAGAAGUCAACUAAUCCCUCAAAGUUAACUUCCGAAGAAGAAGAUCACGCAGCUGCACUGAGAGAAAACUCGAGAGUUCGUCUUCAACGCCUUAUGGAUACUCGAAAGGCGAUACUGCAGAAAGAGCAAGCCAUGGCUUAUGCUCGUGCAGUCGUGGCGGGAUAUGAAAUGGACACCAUUGAUGACCUCAUAUGCUUCGCCGACAUGUUCGGAGCAUCGCGUCUAAGAGAGGCGUGCGUUGAUUUCAAAGAGCUUUACAAGAAAAAGCAUUCGGACGAUCAAUGGAUGGACGAGUUAGCUGCAGUACAAGCUUACCCUUUGACCGACCUCUCGUUUAUGGGAGCAUCUGGAAUUACGCUAACCGGUGAUCAAAAUAAUAUUCAUGGCAAUGGAAUCUCCCCGAUUAUCACUCCAACAAAUUCAGACAAUAAUUUGCCAGUGUCUGAAAAGACAGAGAAUGUGAACAACCAGCAGAUGCCAUGGAUGAAUCAGAUGCCUCCGUAUAUGUACAACUUCCAAGGCUAUCCUUAUCAUCCAGGUAUGCCACCUGUGCAGCCGUAUUAUCCAGGUCAUCACAUGGGGUGGUCCCCACCUAUUCCUUCGAAGAAUCAGAAGUCUUCGUCUAGGAAGAAGGAGAAAUCUUCAGACACGAACGGGACAACGUAUGACGACUCUGACGAAGAUGAAGACGAAGAACAGACUGCAACUAGUGAUUCAGACACUGUGAGCAAUUCGGACGAGGAGAAGAAGGCUUCUUCGAAGGGGCAAAAGAAUGCGAAAAAGAACAGGAAGAAGAGUUCGAAGAAAACGGUUGUUAUUCGUAACAUAAACUACAUAACUUCGCAGAGGCGGAACGGAGAAGAGAACGAUGGGCUGUCUGAAGAGGAAUAUUCCGGCGACGAAGCUUCGAUCAGAGAGGGAGUGAAUAGUGCGAUCGCUUCUUUGGAGAAACAUAAGAGUAGAGAGAAAAAACGGGGAUCGAAUGCUCGAAAUGGAUUGAAUGGCUAUGCCGAAGACAAUGUUGGACAUGAUUUCGAUGCGUACAUUUCUGAAGGAGUGAAAGGAAGUGGUAAUAAUAAUAAUAGUAAUGCGUGGGAUACUUUCCAGAAUAUUCUGAUGAGUCAAGACGAGCCGAAAACUUCGGACAAAGUUAGCAACGGUUUUGACUUGGAGUCCGAGAAAAUUACGAGGCAGCCCUUGAUCGGUGACGAUUCGGUUCUUGUUUUUCAGAGGGAGAACGGUGACAGAACCCGCACUGUGGAUUUCGUUAAUGGUGAGGAAGUGCACUCGAAUGCGAAGAAACUCAUUUCUCAAGAUGAAAACGCAAUUUUCGGACAACAAUUGAACGGGUCGAGAGGUACUGCUACGAUGGGGGGCCCGCCGGAUUUUUCCUCGGAAUUAUCCACCACUACCAAAACAAGAAACGGCCAAGAUUGGUUUGUUGCUAAUUCUUCUGAUGGUACUAAGCAAUUGGGAUUCUCCGAUAAUCUCGAUUCUCUGUCUUAUGAGAGAAACUUCGUUCAGAAAGAAACGACAAAGGCAGCAGCUUCUGUGGUGGAUGAUUCCUUCAUGAUAGAGUCCAGGUCAUCGGCUGACCAGCACUACGUUUCGCACUGGAGGUCAACUGAUAUCAGCAUGGACGCUGACGUGGCGGUUCCAGCCGCGCCAGCUGCCAAGUCGGGGUCGUUCGAACCAGACGACCUGUGCAUGAUGCUUGUGAGGGAAUCGAAGGAAUCUUCCGGUGGGCUGUGGACCCCGGAAAUGGAUUACGAAGUCGAGAUUUCUUUUAAUGAAGCUGAUAAUAAAAGACUAUCAUCGUCCGAUGUUGACCAAUCAAACGGUCACGCUGUGGAAGUUCCGGAAGCAAACGGUAAAAAUACCAACGGCAAGAAAAAUGCGGGCCCCACUAGAAAGAAAAUCGAGAUCGGAUCUCUUGUUAAGAGCAAGAAGAUUUCUCCGUCGAGCAGGUUAAUGGCUCCAAAGACCAAGCUAUUGAAGGAAGAAGACGAGAGAAAGAGAUUGGAAGAACUGGUGAUACAAAGGCAGAAGAGGAUUGCGGAAAGAACAGCUUCGGCUUCUAAGAAGGUUCCGGCGGGAAGUAAAUCUGCAUCGGCGCCGCCGAAACUCGAGAAGGGCAAACCGUUAACCGCGGUUAAGGAUACGAGGAGGUUGAGUCAACCUAAACUCACGGCAAAUUGAAACUGUUUGCAUGAUCAAUCACCUCAUCAUGGUCAUCCACUCUGGUUGAGGACUUAUAGCUGUAAGAAAUGUUUAUAGUCUUGAUUCUUUGCUUAUGUAAUUUUUUAUUUUUUUAUUUAAAGGUGGUGGGGUAUUUAUUUAAUUUAUUAUUCAAUAUAGUUGUCAUGUUUGUCUGUUGCAAAUAAAUUGAAUUUGGUAUGUGUGUGUGUGAUCACAAUAAAUGGAGAACUGGUAAGAGAUUCCAGAUUUUUUGUUAUAGUCUUUAAAUUAAUUCUUGA